AUGCCUCCUCGUCCUGCUAAUACGAAUACAGGCGGUCCGACUCUGAAAAACCUACUCAAGGCAGCUGAUACCCUCCUGAAACCACCAACGCCGCUUUCCUCGAAUCCUCCAGAACUCCUCCAACGUCUUCGAGCUUGUUCUCGUUCUUUACCGAAGGAAUGGCGAAGGGUCACUCCUGAAUGGUGCAAUGAAGACGAACAGGAGCAAAUAGGCGAUCAUAGCAAUGUUCAAGAUGACGUUGACGAAAGCAGGAAGAAGCGAAGAAGAGACGAAUUGGUCUUUGUAGUGGGGAAAAGAUGCUUCGCUUUGAUCAACGCAAUGCAGGUCACGCUGGAAAAAGAAUUCUGGCCUGUAGAGAUGAGAGGCGAUCUGGCACAAAACGAUUUUUUACUAGGUACAGCAGACCUCCGACUCAUCAGAUUAAUGUUGUCACAUUCGACUUUCUCUUACCUCCUUCCUCUGGCAUCUCAUUACGCCGACUCCUUGCCAACCGUAUUACCUAAGACCGCAGAAUCACUUUCACUAGCUCUAGAUUCACUUCUCAAACUUCUCACUACCACAGCACCACCUACCCCUGCCGCUGGCCCAAGUUCAAGAGCUCCAACUCCGCCAACAAUCAUUACCCAGACCCUGCUUUCGUCUCACCUAGUACCCGUCUUCCUCUCGACGCUCAUCAUUGCAUACACCCCAUCCAUACCAGGAGAAAGUCACGCAGCACUGAGAUCCGAAUUUAUGAAGGCUCUCAUAUCUCUCUCACCUGGACAUGCAAUUUCCACCAUGGUCAAUGUAUUGAAGCUGUUAGUUCAAGGCAGAAAAGAGGGAGUGAAGGUGAACGGAUGGGUCAGGGAAUGGCCAAAAUACCCCGAAGGUAUAAUCAAUGGUCUGUUGACAGCUCAAGUGCGAAGACCUGGUGGCGUUAGAGGCUUGAUGGAAAAUGUUCUUGGUGAAACAGCGAAGACUGAUGAUGUCACCUCUAUAGAAGGGAAGAGGCUUGACCACAUCUUCAAUGUUUUGGUUCGAAUUCCUCGUCAGGUCACUCCAGAGAUAUACUAUCCUUGGCUGCUCUCCGAGUUAUUCGCAAUGAUACCAUUGACCACACAUUCUCAUCUACCUGUAGCGUAUGUCAAUACCGCUUGUUAUUGUAUUCAACGACUGUGGGCUUCCAAUCGACCUUUGAUUGGUGAUUGGUUAAACAACAAAAUUCAUGCGCCCUGGUACCCUAAAUUACCAACUAGCUUUCAAGCCGGGAAGGAGGAGAUUGUGGUGACAACUUGGGAAGCUAUCCAACGAUCCGUCCAAAAUAUGCGAUUACUUUUGUUACAUAAUCCCUCUUCACAUGAUUUCGCGGAUUUCAUCGUUGGAUCCAUACUGGUUCCACUCUUCUCGCUUCACGAGUUCUUGGAGAUCCGUCAAAAAGGCGAUCAAAUCCAUAUUCAGGAGCAGGGUGUCACAGUGUCAUCUGCGGGUCACCCACUUGAUGAGGGCGUGGCAUCUCUUCUUGUCACAUGGGGCAAAUCAGUACACGUAGAUGUGGGGGUCAAGGGGAUAUGGUCGAUCAUGGACGGGGGAAAAGGGUGGGAAAAGGACUGUAUCGACGGGGACAAAGCUGAACUUUACUGGGAAAAAGACGGUGAGGGAGUGAGGUUAAUGGCCAGACCAACGCCGGCAAAAAAUGGCACGUCCCCCAUUAUCGCCCUCCCUUCUACUCCUCUUUUCAACUUGUCACACGAGGAAUACCUCAUCCAACUUAGCGCAAAGCAGUCAUCGUCACCCGACCCGCAACUUCUCUGCCAAUUGAUUGGCUCGCUUGAUCGGCCAGAUAUAGCGAGUGAGGUGAUCCUCCGAUCUCUCGAUUCUUGGAGAAUCAGAACUGCGACCGAAGUUGAGCCCUCGCUUGAGUCUCUUGUCAAUCUGCAAUUAACUAUCCAGAUGAUGGAGAAAUUAGGUUCUCAGCUCUUCUCAAAACCUGCUCAAGUCCUCGGGUUUGUAGAGCGAGUGUUGAAUGACCAGAUCCAAUCUCUCCAUACGACAAGUGAAGCCGAGAAUGGUGAACCUGGGACAACUCGAAUACACAGCGAGGAUAUCCUUGAAGGAGAAUUGCACGAUGAACUUGCUCCCGAUGGAAAGCGGGGAUUAAUCGAAGUUGCUUGCCAACUGCUUGCCUCUUUAGAAGCCGAGGGACAACUCAACAAGACUUCUAUGAUAAUUCGGCCCAUCUUAUCUCAUCUCAGCACACUAUCACAACAAUCGUCUUCGGUGUCAAUCCGCAAUGCUGCCCGCGAAGCUCGACUGCUCCUCUCUCAUCCUCUUGACUCUGAGGACAGUCGGUCCGAGGAUCCAAAGAAAAUGUUCCUCGCCGACCUCUUGCAAGCUGAGAAUCUGAUCGACAAUCCUGGUCUUCCGGUCAAAGCAUACGGCCUGAAGACAUUGAAAGAUCUUACCUUUUCUCCUAAUUUCGACGAAAGUUACUCUCAUAGGAUAAUUGACAUAUUAAUGAAGGAGAUAGACAAUUCAGACUCUUUCAUAUAUCUUUCUGCGAUCCAGGGUCUGAGUGGAAUAGUUGAUGCUUUGGGCAAAGAAGUCUUUGCAGCGUUAGUAGGAAGAUAUAUGACCGGAUUGAGGGAUUGGAAGCAGGACAUAGCACAAUCGAAGGAACAAGAGAAAAUCGAGAGGGUCUUGAGAGUGGCGGAAGCUAUCGAUCAAGUCGCAGAGAGAUCAGCAGACGUUCUAGCAGCCUAUGCGACCUUCAUUGUCCCUCCAUUGAUGUCUGUUUACCCCGACCAAAACCUUCCUACUGUUAUACGUAGCUCCGCCCUCUCGAUUCUGUCUACUUGCGCACGAGUGUCACCAUACACAAUCUUGUCCUGGGCCGCUCAGCUGGCGAUGUCUACUCUUGAUCUGAUUCAAGUCGAAUCUACUGCGUCAUCGCCAUUCCGACGUCAGUCUCCUGUUGUAAUCGCGACUGUGGAAGAGAAGCCGAAAUGGGGCAAAUCGAACCUGGUUCAGUUGAUCGACGAUGAACCUUUGUCGGAAGAGGAAAAACCAAAUGAUGAGGUCACCCAACCGAGGAUCACUGACGAGGAACCAACGAAAAUUCAGGAUAGCAAACAUCCCACCUUACGUCGAGCAGCAUUAAGCCUGUUCAAUUGGACAAUUCGAGUGGUGGUUUUCGUGGAAUUCAUGUCUUCCUCCGACGAGCGCUUGGCGGCCAUCGAUGAGACGAAUAUCCUGCUUCCUAGUGGUUCGCCUAUCGCCAUCAAGCCGGCUUCAUCAAUUUCAGCCACGACCAAGCACGAUUUAUCAGCAGACUUCUUGGACAGGGCGAGUUCGAUCAUUGGAUAUAUCAUGCAAAGAGAUGACGACGAAAUCGUUAGGCAACACGCUGAGAGUGCUUUGAAGGAUUUGACGCUUCUAAAAAAUGGAGGGUUAAAUCUUGGUCAUGGGGACAAUGGAGUCAAGGCGUUGGAAUCGUUAAAAUCACUCAGAAUCUGA